AUGAAGCUGCAGGUAAAGGUGAUUGCUGCCACAGAGGGACAGACAGUAACACUGAUGUGCAGCAGCAGCUGUCCUCUGACUGAAAAGCCUGCAGCCUACAUCUGGUACAAGAACAGAGAGUUUCUCUAUGAGGACUGGUCUCCCUGGUACCAAGAGCUGCUCAGCAGUGAGGAAGCAGUCACAUACUCCUGUGCUGUCAAAGGCUACGAGGAUCUCAGAACCCCUGAAGUCUCUGUGGGUUCCAUCACAGAGACCUGCUUCAGUGUGACCUAUGCUAAAGGGAGAAUGUGUUCUUCUCAGCAGACAUCAGUGGACGAGUCCUGCUCCAUCACAUAUCCCAGAGAAAUUCAUGUCCAGAGGACUCCUGCUGAACACAGAGGUCACAUCAGACUGACCUGUAACAGCAGCUGUUUUCUGACUGACCCUCUGAUUUCCUUUGUGUGGUAUGAGAACAGAAAGCCUACAGUGCAGGAGGGAAAACAGAUUCUAGUUCCCAGCUCUAAUCAUGACAGUUUGUCUUGUGCUGUAAAAGGUCUUGAGGAUGUGCGCUCUGCUGAUGUCUGUUUCAGUGAUUCCUGCUGGAGUUUGAAUUAUGUCCACAGCAGAAUCUGUGCUCUGGAAGGAUCUUCAGUCAACAUCUCCAGUAAAUACUCACAUCCUGACUAUGAGCAGAUACAGUCUAAAUGUUGGUAUAAAUUUAAGGGAAAUGCUGAGGAGGAAGCUGAACAGCUGACUGAGGACGCAGAUCAUGUGGAGUAUGAUGACAGCAUGAAGAACCAACACAUCCUCAGAUUAAAGAAGCUGAAGAGAGAUGACUCAGGAGAAUACAGGUUUACAAUCACAACAGAAAAUGAAGAAGUGAUAGAGUCUGAUUUUCUUGGAGUUACUCUGAUUGUCACAGAGCUGAGAGUGAAGAUGAGUCCUUCUGCAGUGGUGACAGAGGGUCAGAGAGUCACACUGACCUGCAGUACCAGCUGUCCUCUGACUGACAACACAAACUACAUUUGGUACUUGAACAGUCGACCUCUGACCCCGAGAGAGAACCAAACCAAACAUCUGAUCCUAGACCCAGUCAGCAGGGAGAAUGCAGGAAGCUACUCCUGUGCUGUGAAAACUAACAAAGAUAUCAGCUCUGCUCCAAAGACUCUCACUGUCCAAAGUAUCACAGGAACACGGAUACGAGCACCUGCAGGAGUUUCUGCAGCUCUGCUGGGUUUAAUACUUCUCCCUAUCACUGUCUUCUUGUGUAUUAGGUGAACAUUAUUGUGUUAUCUCUAAGACCAGUCAUGUUUAAACUGUGAAAGGAAAUGUUUUAUCCAUUCACCAAUUUAUUUGUUUUUGUGCAACAGUAAAAAGAAGACUUCCAAUCCAUAAACUUUACAGAAUUUCAGAGACAUUGCAGCAAUAGGAAUGUAUAUGUGUGUGUGUCAGGUUGUGUCUUAGACUCCACCUUUCUCAGAACAUCUCAUGCUGCCCCAGGUGUGGGGGUCUAUUUCCCCCUACCAUGCUCCCUGCCGGUGGCUGGUGCCCCACCCACCA